AAAACAGCACUUAUACCUAAUGUAAAAUUUAUAUUAGCGUCAUUUGUAGCAAAAAUUCUUAAAUGAUAACAAAAUCAUCAUUUCACUUAAAUAAGUGUUGUUUAAAACUGGAUUAUAAAGAUAUUCCAUAUGAUAUUACUAGAUUUUUAAGAACAUUGGUCUAAGUCACAGAACACAGAAAGGGAUUAGGAGGUCUGUCAGUUCUGUGCUGUAAGUGACAAUUAAUGACUUUAGUACUUUUUUUUAGGUUUAUUAAUGAAAUAAAUAAUGCUCUUAAUCUUGGGCUUACAAUGAAUUUUAUGACGUUGUCACUGGCACUUUGUUUAAUUAUAUAUUACAUGACAUCGGCACCCGUGUUUUCUUUUGAGUUUGCGUUUAUGUUUUCUGCGUUAAUAGUAUUACAGUUUGAAAAUUUUCUAUAUUCUUAUCAUGGGCAGUUAGUUCAAAAUGAGAGUGAUUCAGUCAACACAGCAAUUUACUGCAGCGAUUGGUUAUCUGUGUCACCGAAAUUUCGUCGCCUAAUUUUGAUAGCAAUGUGUCGAUGGCAUUACCGCUUGAUUCCAAGAGUCUUAAAUAUAAUACCUAUAUCAUUUUCAACUCUAUUAUGGAUUACACGAACGAAUUAUACAAUUUACACGCUAUUAAAAAGUUACGAGAGGUCCUGAAAAGAUAGAUAUGCUGUUACGUUAGUUAUUUGUUUAAGUAGUUUUGUAUGAUUAGAUAUGCUUAGUUAAUCAUUUAUAAUAUUAAAUGACAUUUGAAAUAAAGUUAAAGUACAU